AUGGGAUACGCUACACUAGAUUCUAUACUUGCUUUUCCAAACAAUAUUUUACCUAGCAAUUCGCAUGUGUUGGUAUUAGACACUUUGAGAUCAGAAGGCAACUUUUUGAUUCAUCAUUUUGUCAUCAAUCACCUAAAAGCCAACAAACCUGUCAUCCUUGUUGGCCUUUCACAAAUCUUUAACCAUUACUUUUUGAUUGCUCGUAAAUUGGGAGUCAAUUUACAAACCUAUAAACAAUCUGGGAAAUUUAUGUUUAUAGACGGUCUAACACACCUAAAUGACUAUACAAACGGCACACCUUAUCCACCCAGUAGAGCACCUACAGCACCAAAUGGCACAUUAGAGCACAAUGACGACAAUCUUAGACUGUUCUAUUCUACCAUCAAGAGCUUUGUCAUCCAGGACGCGUUAUUGAUCAUUGACGAUCUGAGCGUUUUAUUGUAUAAUGGAUUCAAGGGCGUACCCCAUUUCGUAACAAAGCUUCAGUCUCUCAUGAACACUGUCGGGGGCACCUUGAUAACCGUAGUACAUGCAGAUGAAGAAGGCAGCGAUGAUGUAGAACAGGACAACUUUAUAAAGAGCGUGAUCUAUAAUAGCCACUUGAUCCUUCAAGUACAACCUCUUCAUAGUGGUCUGGCGAGAGAUGUCCAUGGUCAAUUGGAUAUUGUUCAUGGUGGAAAGGAUACGCUCAAUGUUCAACCACAGUCAUUACAUUACAAGAUACUAGAUAACAAUGUCCAUUUCUUUGCAAAAGGUCUUGAACAAAAUGUAUUAUAA